GCGAGGGAGGGACAGGGAACGGGAUUACUUGGUUGCAACAGCUGAGAAGUUGACACUCCUCCCGCAGCGGCAGCUGUGCUACGCCAGUCAGCCUUGGCCAAACCCAUGGGCCGAAGAGACGCGAGAACCUCCCAGACUCCGGAGUACUGGACAGCCUUUUGUGGAGCAAAAUAACAUCGGCGUAUUUCAGAGACCCCGUGUAGAAGUGCACCGGUAAUGUCGUCAGGAUUACAAGUUUGAGGAUUGGGAAGGGGAAGAGUUGAAGACAAAAGUGCACGGAGCUCCCCAGAGGGAGAGAGAAGCAGCCACCGGGCGGGCGCCCGUGCUUGGAGAAGUGGAUUGGAAGCUCGGUUAGUAAAUGAAGCUGCUCACUUUGAUGCUUCUUACUGCACUGGAUUGAUAAGAGCCAGGGAAAUGUUUUCAAGGGGAAACAUUUCACCUCGUUCUAUGAAAACAAGAAACGAUUGAACUCCUUUGCGAAAUAUGCGAUCCCCGGUGUAUAAGGAUGGGGAGUGAAGUUGGUCUACCUGUUGUUUGGCUCGGUCUUUAAAGUCUUGUUUCUGACCAGGUUGUCUCUGCUCAUCCCCGACGGAUCUCAGAACUUUUGAUGAAAAUAUUUCGGAAGACGCCAGUCUGUGGUUUGGAGCUUUGUGCUUGUUUGCCGUCUCCCUGCAUUUGCUUCCCUGUCCAUUGUUUGGGCUGAGCUGGUAGCGUGGGACUAAACAUGGAGAGGUGUGGGCUAUCCGGCAGCGGCCUCCUCCUGGUCCUUGGCGCUUUCGUGUCGGCUCCAGCCCCCGCCAGUGCCAGCGGUGAGUAUUGCCACGGAUGGCUGGACUCCCAGGGGAGCUGGCACGGGGGCUUCCAGUGUCCGGAGCGCUUCGAUUCCAGCUCGGCUACCAUCUGCUGCGGCUCUUGUUCCCUGCGCUACUGCUGCUCCAGCACCGAAGCCAGGCUUGACCAGGGCCACUGUGACAACGACCAGCCGGUGGGCGGCCGCGAUGACCAAAGUGGCAGUGAGGGCAGAGACAGCAGCAACUCCUCGGCAGUGCCGAUCUACGUGCCUUUCCUCAUUGUUGGCUCUGUGUUUGUGGCCUUUAUCAUCAUAGGCUCGUUCGUGGCAGCCUGCUGCUGCAAGUGCCUGAAACCCAAACAGGAGCCACAGCAGAGCCGAGCCCCGGCAGGAAGCCGCCUGAUGGAAUCUAUCCCAAUGAUCUCAAGCUCUGGCAAUCCCAGAGGCUCCUCAUCCCGGCAAUCCAGCACUGCUGCCAGCUCCAGCUCCAGUGCCAACUCUGGGGCCCGCGGUCCCCCUCCAAGAACGCAGACAAACUGCUGUCCACCAGCAGAAGGGGCAAUGAAUAACGUAUACUUGAACAUGCCACCCAAUUUCUCAGUGAUAAGUUGCCAGCAGGCUCCACAGAUGUUGCCACACCAAGCUCAGUUUUUACACCCUCAGUACCUGGGCUUUGCAGUUCAACACGACUCUUUAGCAAUGACCCCCACGCCUCCUUUCAUGGAUGGGCUGCAGAACAGUUACCGUCAAAUGCAGACGCCCUUCCCUCAUGGCAGCACUAAUACGGAACAGAUGGUGUAUACAACAGUAACUGUAUAGAAAGAUACUAAUGUAUUUUUUAUAUAUACCUGCAAUGUGGAUGUUAUCUAUUUGAAAUAGAACACGGGUUGAGACUUUUGUAAGCAAUUUGUUUAAUUCUCUCAGUUGAGACCUUAAAAAAAUUCUUAAGAAGUGUGUGUGAUAAAGGUGUUGUCGAUUCCUCUUGAUUCUCCUGGGUGCUUAAGGCAGCUAAUUUGAUACUUCUCACAUUACCUGGUUGUUAGAGCUGCGACAGGCAAUGAUCCUUUAAGCUCUGGAUGGUUUCUGUUGCUCAAAUGUCAUUGUUGGAAGUAGUGGAUGACCAGGACUAUAGAAUGCGCCACAUGUUGUGAAUACAGACAUAUUGCCCACUGAUAACUUCUAUCCCACUGGAAAUUGUAGAUGUACAUGGUCAAUACUGUCUCCUUGAUAGUUACAUAAGUUUAUGUAGUCAAUCCUGUUCCAUUGAUUUCUGCUGCGAGGAUAUGUGGCAGCUAGUGUUACUGCUUUGUUGAUCACUAGGUAGAGUUUGGAUUGUGUUUGGUCUGUAAGAUAUUAUUCUGAUGGUCAUUACGUUAGGCAAGUGCUAUGAUAAGUGCCCACUAAAUGAAAACAAGUCUGUAUCAUAAAAUUAUGCACUUCUCAUUUAGGAUCUCCUACACAAUCUGGUUACAACUGUGUUCUACUCAAAAAUGAAGAAAAAACUAUUCCUAAUAAGAAUAAAAAUACAGCCAGGGUUCACUACAUUUGUUGAACAGAAGCAUGAUUAAUUCCAAAAAAACUGCGGCAAAAUUCAAUGAAUUGUGAGAUGCCACAAUUUUUACUGGGUAGUUUGUCAAAAGUUGGUCUCAUAAUUUAUAAAAUGGGGUCUUCGUUACAACAAAGGAAAAUCACAGUAGUUAUCGGGCAAAUUUUGAUAAAUGCUAUCUGUCUAGUGACAGUGGAAAUUCCCAUUAUCUUUCAUCAAAGUCCUCACCUAAUAAGCAGCGUAAUUUUUGAGGGUUCACAACUUUUCAUUACAUAAAUAUAGUCCAAAAUUCUCAUCAAAUUAUUUAAAACAAUUCUAAAAUCACCAUCACAAAUUUGAAAGAAUUUGGAACUGCACUAUAAGGGUCGUAACAUGCAUACACUUUGAUGUUUGAGGGACAUGUACAGUCUCUGUGAAGGAAUAUCUUGUUUGUUGUUUUGCCGUGCCAUAUAAAUCGGAGGGUUGCUGGGCAGCACGGUUCCCGGGGCCAGAAGGAACCAUUCCACACUGUACCUCAAUAAAUAAAUAAACGAUAACACAUGCAUAUCUUCAAAUUUGCAAUUUCUUCCAAAUUUUGCAACAAAAUAUUAUUUAAAUUUAUUUAAUGCUGAACCAAUGUAGACUGUAGCUCAGUUCAUAGCACUCUCUCCUGUGAUUUAAAAGAUUGUCAGCUCAAGUCUUCCUCCAGAGACUUGAGCAUAUUUCACAGUCACAGUCCAGUGAGGCAACGCUGUUGUAAAUGUUGUCUUUUAGAUGAGGUGAAGUGAAAGUAUAUAUGGCGUUAUUUUAAAGUGCAGGGUAGUAAUCUCCAGUGACUUGUUCAAUAUCUAUUCCUCAAUCAAUAUCUUGCUGAUUUUAGGAACUUGCUGUGAGAAAAUUGGCUGCUGAAUUUCAAAUGUUACAAUGGUGACUAUACAUCAAAGUCAGAGUCAGAGCACAGACACAGGCCCUUCAUCCCAAUGAGUGCGUGGUUCCAGUGUCCUUCCUUCAUCCUGAUGAAUCCGUGGUUCCUAUUUCCUCCUUUCAGCCCGAUGAAUCCGUGGUUCCAAUUUCCUCCCUUCAGCCCAUGUCCCACUGAGUUCUGCACCUCCAUCUAUCCAUCUAAGUGCUUCAUAAAUGAGCAUUAGCUCAUUGGUUUUCAAUAGUUAAUUGUUUUGAAAGACAUUGGGACAUCUGGAAAUCCAUACAACACUAGGCAUCUUUUAGUUCCUUGAAGGAUUGCAUUUAGAUAUUAAUGUCAUCGAUCAAAAGUUUUUUUUUAAUAAAAUUAAUUCAGGGUUGUGAGAUCAACUGUUGUUGUUUAUGAAGGUGUAUAAUAAAAUUCUUU